GCAAGUGUCCUGUGAAAAAACACAUUCUAUGUAACCGGAUGUAGUGAAGGGGAAUCUGAGGUAUGCCUGCCUCCCCCAGCCGCCCCUCCCCUUCGCUGUUUCUGUCAUCUCGUCGCAUCUCCUCUCAUCUCCUCUCUCGCGCACCGCGAUUAGUCCUUCAUCUACCUGGAUGCUCAUAAAACCCUUCCCACUCCAUCGCUGGGAAAACCACGCGUUCGGCGACCUACAGCCGCCGACGUAACGAUGCCAGGUACCGAAUAACGUCGAGAAGAAAGCAAAUAUCUUUAACCCUCGCGCUCUUGUCCACCUCGACAAAGUCACGCUCCGAUACGCACGACCACACGCGCGCACGGGAGAGAGCAGUUCACGCGCGGCAGAUGCUUCCCCGUCCUCGUUGAGAUGAUGGCUCUGUGGACGCUCUUCUGUAUCCUCGCCAUUGUGAAAAGCAGUGAUGGGGCAGAUACAGAAGAGAGACUGGUGGAGCAUCUUCUAAAUCCAGCCCACUACAACAAACUGAUCCGACCAGCGACUAAUGGCUCAGAACUGGUGACAGUGCAGCUGAUGGUCUCGCUGGCUCAGCUCAUCAGUGUGCAUGAGAGAGAACAGAUCAUGACCACCAAUGUCUGGCUUACACAGGAGUGGCAGGACUACCGGCUAACAUGGAACCCAGAUGAGUUUGACGGCAUGAAGAAGGUCCGUCUUCCUUCCAAACAUAUUUGGUUACCUGAUGUUGUUCUUUACAACAAUGCUGACGGCAUGUACGAGGUGUCUUUCUACUCCAAUGCCGUCAUCUCCUACGAUGGAAGUGUCUUCUGGCUGCCACCAGCGAUCUACAAGAGUGCCUGCAAAAUUGAGGUGAAACACUUCCCCUUCGACCAGCAGAACUGCACGUUGAGCUUCCGCUCGUGGACCUACGACCGCACAGAAGUGGACCUGGUUUUGCGUGCCGACGUGGCUAGCAUGGACGAUUUCACGCCCAGCGGCGAGUGGGACAUCAUUGCUUUGCCUGGCCGGCGAAACGAGAACCCCUCUGACCCAACCUACGUAGACAUUACCUAUGACUUCAUUAUCCGCCGCAAACCCCUCUUCUACACCAUCAACCUCAUCAUACCUUGCGUCCUCAUCACCUCGCUGGCCAUCUUGGUCUUCUACCUUCCGUCGGACUGCGGGGAGAAGAUGACGCUCUGUAUCUCAGUGCUUCUGGCCCUCACUGUGUUCCUGCUGCUAAUCUCCAAAAUCGUGCCGCCAACAUCUCUUGACGUCCCUCUGGUCGGGAAGUAUCUGAUGUUCACCAUGGUUCUGGUCACGUUCUCGAUUGUGACAAGUGUGUGCGUGCUGAACGUGCACCACCGGUCGCCCACCACUCACACCAUGCCUCCAUGGGUGAAGCUGGUGUUCCUCAACAAGUUACCUGCUUUGCUCUUCAUGCGGCAGCCGCGCAACAGCAGCGAGCGUCAGCGUUUGCGCCAACGCCGGCGUGCCAACGAACAGCAGGAAGGUGGGCGAGCGGGUCUGGCUGCCGGGCUCAUGGCGGGUUUGGGCUUGGGUGGCACUUCUUCGGGGAACAAAGAGAACAAUGAGGCGUGCACGUGCUAUGUGAACCGGGCCUCAGUCAAACAGUUUGGGGCAGAGUUGGGAGGAGGAGGGGGGUCGACAGAUGGACUAAACGGGAUAAGGGAAGGUGGGAGAGAGGCCAGGGAAGGAGGUUCAAAUCCAUUGCAAAGCUCUGCUCUACCUCAGGGGAAGCAGCAGCCCCCUACGGUCCUCACUCAGGCUCUGCUGGCUCAGGCCUGCCCAGGGUUCGAGGAGGCUGUAGACGGAGUCCGAUUCAUCGCAAACCACAUGAAGAGCGAGGACGACGACCGUAGCGUGAGUGAGGACUGGAAGUACGUUGCCAUGGUGAUCGAUCGCCUCUUUCUCUGGAUCUUUGUGUUUGUGUGUGUCUUCGGCACAAUUGGAAUGUUCCUUCAGCCUCUGUUCCAAAACUACACAGCCAAAACUAUCACCAACACACCCGGCUGACUAACCACCAUCCACCGCCACACCAAUGGACGCUACCCACCAUCAGUUGCGACGGGAGGGCGAAGGGAGGAGGGGGGGUCUGCCGAAGGAGAGGGCAAAUGUCACUCUGGACUAACAUUAGGUUUAUACGAACCUUUUUUGGAAUAUCACACAGAGUGGGGAUUUAGUCCAGCAUUCUCGUUCAGGCCUCUCAUCCAGUCCACCUUCCCCUCCUUUUAGGUGAAAAACCACACAAGCCAAUCGGAGAGAGAGGAGACACCUGUUUACUUUGCUCAGCAGCCAAUCAGCACUCUUCUCUGCAAAUAGAAAGCCAUCCACCGCCCACAAGCUCCGAAAACGAGCAGUCUGCUUCCUCAAGAGUCACAUGACUUCUGUUUGUUACCUGUACAUGCAAGCUAGUCAGACAGGGAUGAAUUUAAACGUCAGUUUCUAUCAGAUUUUCAUCUUGUUUUUUUAAUUUCGUAUGGACUAGAAGCCUGUCAUGAUCCAUGCAUUGCAACAACAUUAUCAUUUCAAAGCAAACACACAAGCGUCUGGUCAUUUAGAAUGGGACAUGAUGCAGUAUUGUAUUAUUACUGAUAUAAUAAAGGUGUGAAUUGUAUAACUACAACACACAGCAUAAUGAGGGAGGAUGCCUGGCGAGGUGCUGUAUGAAACACAGUGGCAGUAACUGUUUAAAAAAGACUGAAGGUAUGGUGGUAAAAUCAGUUGAAUUUGCCAAAAAGAGGACCCGCUGUGAUAUAGGACAGGGUUCCCAACCGUAAAAAUCCUGUCCCGAGCCUUGUGAUUUUUCAGGACAACACUGAACAGAUGAGCUCUGAGCUGAAUGAGUCCCUUUAGCCCCUAAAUACUUUACAGAGGUCUUCAGUUGUUGGGCAGACUGGCUAAUAUAUAGAGAGACAAAUCCUCAGAACAAGUUCAAAAUUAAGAGACUUAAUGGCCAACCAGACAAGAAAAGUUGCCAUGAUGAAAUUCUGAGCAGUACUGCCCUAUUAUUAAGCCUCCUAUACCUGCUUGGAUUUCUGCCUGUCUUUUGUUCUUCUCGUCUAUCUCCCCUGUUCCCAUCAGUCUUCUCACACCACAUUACUGGCUCCUCAGAAACACAUAAUAGCUUCUCAUGAAAAUAUAAACCAAUGGUUAUCUCUAUUCUCAUAUUCAAAAACACAUUCGGUCGAUGACUCAUUGACUUCCUGGAUUUUAUGUUAUUAUUUACUGGAUACAAAAGUCAGUAAACCUGUGUUUGCAAAUCAGCAGAUCUCAGGAUAAUUUGAAAACUUGUCCUUCCCAGAGCCUGUAAUUCUCUGUGCAAAUUUGGAUAUGAUUUAUUUGAAUACAGAAUACAGUUCUUUCAGUUUCAUCUGACUUAAAUGUUUAAACUACCAUUUAAAAGUUUGGGAUCUGUACAAUUUACUAAGGUUGCAUUUAUUUGAUCCAAAAUAUAGUAAUAUGGUAAAAUAUAAGAAUUUUAUUCAUGUUUUUUUUUUUUUUUUUUUGAAAAUGAUAAUACAUAUUUCCAAGAUUCUAUGAUGAAUGUAGCUCUCAAAAGAACAGCAUUUAUUUGAAAUAUAUAUAUUUUUUGCAACAAUGUAGAAGCCUUUACUGUGACUUAAUUAAUUUAAUGCAUUCUCGCUAAAUGUAAGUAUUCAUUUCCUACAAAAAAAAUCUUACUGACCCCAAACCUUUGAACAGUAGUAUAUAUUAUAUAUAACCUAGUAAUAAUUCAUAAAAGCAAAGUGAAGCAAUAUAAUUGCCAGCUAUUUCCUCUGCUAAUUGAGUCACCAUAUCCUUCUUCCUAUUUGCAUAUCAUAUUUGACCCUUAUGAACUCGAGGGCCACUAGCUGGCAGUUAAGACUUUAAGUGUGGAUUUCUCUAUCAGUUUCAUCCAUACGGUUCAUUAAGCAUGGAAUCUCCAAAACUCAUCUUUCAGAAAGCAGAUUAUGCAAACAUGUUCAUCCAUGGAUUAAAUUUUUGUCUCGACUAUAUUUCCUGAGCGCUUCAAAUGACCUCACACUCUUGCUUUGCCUUUUCAGUCUUUCUUCUCCCCUCGUAUAUCCCUCACCAGCAGUGCUCUGCAAAAAAGCCCUAUUACAAACCACAAAGCUGCACAGUACAGCUGCUCUAUUAUAUGAACAUAUCUUGACCGUAAGCUUUUAAAAAAAACAACAGUGUUAGAGUGAAAGAAGGUAUGCAUUACUUUUGUCUUUGUAUGGGCUCCAAGUGGCAGAAGUCUUCUGUGAUUCACAAUGUCUGUGUUUACCGCACGACAUCAACGACGAGACAUAAGUAUUUGCCAUACAGGGUCGUGCCUCUGUUCUUUAAAGCAUUCUGUCCAUGAGAGCAAGCAAAUCGGCUUUCAUAACCAUAAGUGCUUAAGUCUCUCUAAUUCAUCAAAGGAAAAAAGGAAUGAAGAGAAGAGACAAAGGGAGGAAUGUAUCUCCCUAUACACAUGUUAUGCCAUGUCACGAUCAAGUCAACCUAUUCAGUACUGCAAUAAUCCAGAAGUGUGACGCCACAAUGAUUCUGUGUCAAAAUACCUGUGUGUCAGCCAAUAAGAAUGCACCGUCUUAUUCACAGUUCUCACCUCACCUCCCUCCUUUGGCUGAACGAUCACAUUUAUCCUGUCAAAUAAAGAUUAGAAAUUCAUCAUC